AUGUCUGAUAUCGAACAUUUGAUUAUAGCCGUAGAAGGUUACCCAUGCUUAUGGGAUACUAACCAUAAAGAUUAUCACAACAGAGACUUGAAGGAACUGGCGUGGCAAGCCAUCGCUAAAGUUAUGUAUAGCGACUGGGAAAGUUUCGAAGGUAUAAAAAAAACUAGUAGGUACAUAUCAGAAGUCACCUAUAUGACGACCAAAGAUGACGACUCAAAGUCAAAAAAUGAACUAGAUAAUACGGAACCAGGUUUAUCAAAUCAAAGUCUAGACAUGGAAUCUUCACCGCAGCAUAGUGAUAAUGGUGUUUUAGAAGCUCCAGUCCCCACUUCCAGUCGAUCAAGUACCACCAGGAAUGUGAGUGAAAGAAGAAAAGACAUACCAGAAAAAAUCCUUAAUAUUAUAGAAUGGCGUGCAUCACAGCCACCGUCCGCAGAAAACGACGAUGUAAAAUUUUUGUUAAGCUUCCGUGGAGAUAUGAAAAGAAUGAGUCCAAGCCAGAAAUUAGAUUUCAAGAUUGAAAUGCUCCAAUUAGUCAAACGAAUAAAUCAUCGUGAAUCUCCAUUGUCUCACCACAGUACUUAAUGGUUGAUAAUGCCGUCACAUACAUCAUUAGCCCUUCGCCUUCCCGCAAUAGUUCUGUGCAAGUCCCACGUCAUCUCUGAUGCCUCUUGCCACUGGUUUUGCUCCAACGUAGAGAAGUUUUGUACAAUCAUCACAAAAUUAUGUGAAUAUUGUAAAGCAAAAACAACCAUGGACAAUCACAACUAUGUUCUCGACGCUAAGGCCCAUUCUCAAGUAGUGUAUGUUGAAGACAAUUCACAACAUUACCUAAUCAAAACAUGUAUUCCUUAUAAAAUAUAACUAAGUAAUUCUUAAGUACUAUUUAAUUAGAUUGAAGGUAAUUGUUUAGUAAAGUAAGAACUCUGUAAUAACCGUAUUUUAAAUGUAAUUGAUUAAUAUAUCUUACCUUAAUGUUACUGCAAGUCGUUCUA